ACUAUAAAUAAUUUAAAUAAUUUAAAUAAAUCCUAUUAUUAUUUUUCAUUUUGUAUGAUACAUUUUUCUAAUUAUUUUUCUUAUUAUCAUCCAAUGUUAUUGUUGUUAUUCAAUAACGUUAUAUACAUCAUAUAUUAUGCUCAAAGAUGGAUAUAUAAUAUUUAGAUAUUAAUUAUUAAAAUGAAACCAUAUAUCAUACAGCAUAUUAUAUCAUGUCAUCUAACAUUAUAUAAUUCUAAAUAUUUACAAAAUCAAAUUUAAUAAAAAAAACACUUUAGCAAAUCAUUUGUUAAAACAAAACUAUAUAUAUUUACGUUAAAUUAUUUUUUAUUACAUUAAUAUAUUAGAAGUUUCAUUCAUCUCUUAAAAUAUUAUUGAAGAUUUUUUUUUUCCUAGCAUAUAACCUAAAUGCCGGGUCACACUUGAGUGCAUGUUUUUUUGAAGUUUGCAUGCUUUAAAUUAACGAGUUUUCAUUAAAUCUAAACCAGCUUAUGUACAAGUCAUCGUGUUUACUGGUUCGACGACGGGUCCAAACUUAAUAUAAAAGUAUUGUUCUCAUCUAAUUGAAAAUAAUUUAUUUUAAAAUAAUAGACGCACUGAGUCUGAUCAAUCCAUAUAAUUUAUUUUGAAAAAAGUAAUCAAACGAUUAAAAAUAUAAUUACAUAAUAAUAAUUUUUUUUGACAUAAUAAAAUUUUGUAACAUAAUAAUAUAUAACAAAACUAAAAUACUAAUUCAUAUCAUAUACUUUUAUCAACUGAAAAAUAACCCGCGCUCAAAAUCUAGUUUUGUAUUAAAUAUAUUACUUAAUGAAUCACGUAAAGGGAUAAACUAUAUAUGAUUUCUAUCUUGUUUUUUUUUUGUACUUUUUGCUCAUAAACAUUAUGUCUCAGAUUCAGAUUUUAUUAGUUGUAAAUAUGCGCCGUGUGAGUUACAUAAGAUAACUUUGUAACAAAAUUGUUUUAAUUUGUUGACUUAUCAUGAAAGUUUCUUAGAUUUGAGAUUAUAUCAUCAUGAAAUGUGUUCCAUGCAAAUUUAACCAACUAUAAAACUAUAUAUAUGGUGUUAUCUUGUAAACGGUUAUGUUAUUUUAAUUUGAAAGUUUUUAGUAAAAAAAAAGUAACAAAACAAUUGGUUACAUAUAUUGUAAAUCUUGAAAUAAACAGAUUUGAGAAUUUUUAUCCUCACUUUAUAAUUUACACCAAAAAUAGAAUGGAAAAUGGAGUAUGAACAAAAAAAAUAAAAAAAUCAUUCUAUUUAUUGAGUAAUCACAUUUUUGUUUCUUUAUUAUUUCAUUUUAUACUCUAUUUUACAGCAAAUUAUUGAAUGGGGUUGGAGAUGCUCUCAAAUGUCAAUUUACUAUAAAAACAGCGCAUAACAUCAUUCUUAUAACAUUUGAUACGUAUUUCUUGUCUAUACAGCUACAUACAACAAUAAUUCUCCGACAACAUUCAGGCCAGGAAAAGUAUUAAAAAUGGAGCCGAAGAAGAGAACAAAAAAAAAACAUAACCAAUCUAUAGUCUUGAGUUUUUCAAAAAUCGUUGGAACUUGAAAGGGAUGAGAUUUCGCGCCUUGUAUCCUUAUAAUUAAUAUUCAUUUUAAUGGUUAUAUUUGCUCUAACAAUCGGCAAAGAGAUACAACUCAUUCACUUUUGUAAAGAAGCUUAUAUUAUGCGAAUGUAAUUGCCAAAGCAAAUGGUCGGCGGCGUGCACAUGCACACAUGCGCAACAAGAAUGUAUAUGAAGUUAUGAACCAUAAUAGUUUCGCCGUUUUAGACACACGCGACCAAAUGCUGUGCCGUUUCUGAUCGUCUGGAUAACCUCUCCUUACGUAACUUAGAUUCCGAUUCCAAACGAAUAAUCAGCCUACUAUGGCGAACCAACAAAGAUACUAGGAUUGAAAUGCAUUGGAUAUAAGAUUAUACUAUAUGCCGGAAGAAAGCUCUUAAUUUAUACGAUGAAUAUAGCAAAGAUGAUCAUAUUCCUAUAAUUUGAGAGAUCCGGAUAAUCUGAAUAAAACCGGCUCAAAGUAUAUUUGGGCCAUGUGCAUAAUUAAAAUUUUAUGACCUUUCUUAUAAAAAUCAAAGUUUUAAGACUUUUUCUUAUGAAAAAUCAAACUUUAAAGACUUUUUCUUAUGAAAAAUCAAAGUUUAAAGAUUUUAUUUUAUGAAAUCAAAUUUAGGAUUUUUUUUUAUAACAUCUUCACUUUAUUGAUUUCAAAUAAAAGUAACAGAUUACAUGAAACAUAAAUUAUACUAAACAUAUUGUUAAAAAGAAUUGAUAAAAUGAACUUUUAAAAAUAACAAUUACACGAUGCUUCCUAACGCAUUCAUAGUAAAUGAUGAUUCGCUAACUUUUCUCCACAUCGUUUUUGGUAUUAUAAGAUUUUUCUUGUAGUUCUCAAUUCUUGUAAGUAAUUGCUUUUAAAAAUUUAGGAUUUAAAAUACAAAAAAAAAAGUUAUUAAAAUUGGAUCAUGUGCAAAUACAAAGUUCGCACACGAUAAAGGAUGGCAGUAUAUUUCAACAAAAAAAAAGGAUGGCAGUAUGCGAAGAAAAUUUAUCUUAAGGGAACGUGAAGCUUGACUCGAGAAGAUUCAUAGGAACGAGUUUUCAACAAAAAAAGAUGGUAGUAUAUACAAAGAAAAUUUAUCUACAAGGGUAGAACGUGAAGCUUGACUUGAGAAGAUUCAUAGAAACGUUAACUCGUUCCUAUGAUUUCUCCAAUAGAAAGAGAUUUAGAGAUGAGGAUUCUCGUUUGCUUGUUACAUAAAAAGAAUAGGAAGAAAGAAUAACAUUCCUAUGUAACGUAUUUGAGUGACAUUUAAAUUCUUGAAUGUCUUUGGUGUAUUCAAUAUUCAUCAUAUGGUUUGAUUUCGUCCAAGCAAUGAGUCAAAUAUGAAAUGCUAUAAAGCCUUUAUAAGUUUAUGAAUUUAGCAUGUACUACAUUGGUUUCAUGUAUGUUUUAAGAAGAGAUCGAUGAGGAUUUGGUUUUCGAUUGUGUCCAUAUUUCAAAACCUUGCUAGUACAUUUCUCUACGGUUGUUUUCUUUAGUUAUAAUUUUCGAAAAAAGUACAUGGGCUACAAUUUUUAAGGUUUGGCCCUAAUAAAUAAGGCUGGUUCUGACUGUAUGUAGAGAUUAAAGGGCUUCUUUGGGUGCAGCGAGGAUAGACAGACCGAUCACAACAUAUGUUGUAUAGUCGGAGAAGAUAGUUUUCUAGAUCGAAUUUGUUUUUUUUUUCACAAGAAAAAACUAUUAUAUUACUCAAAUUUGAGGCGGUCUUGAUAACCAGACUGGGAUAGAAUAUCAACAAUCAAUAAAACAAAUGCGCAUAAUUAAGUAAGGAUAGCCAAAAUCCACGUUUUAGCUUCUAUUUUCGACCAUUGCGAUUGGAAUCGGUUUAAGUGCUUGUAACUGAAGUAGAACAAAAAAUGUGUCGAACCAGUGAACCAAAGAAACCAUGUGUCUUUCAUGAUAUGCGGUUUGUGAUAUAUAGUUAAUUAGGUCACCAGUAUAUUACAUCAGGAACCGCCCAAACGUCAUAACUAAUCUCCCAGUAUAAUUCUCUAUUUUAUAUUAUCGGAUUCAACUAUAAUCACUUUUAGGUUUUAGCUUAAGAUGUUUAUGGUCGUACAUUUAUUUGAUUUUAAUAACGAAAGCAAGGCUACGUGGCCAUUUGUGGGAACAUUGUGACCUCACACAGUCACACUUGUACAUAUGUAACAUAAAGACAAAAUAUACCUACACUAUAUGUGUGUUUGCUUUGCCACUUUAUGUGUAUGCGUUUAAUAUGGCUCGUUACAAACAUACAUUUCUAACAAUUACUGUAGCUCUCCAAAAUGAAUCCACCAUGUGCUUUUUCUUCUGGGUAUGUAAACUUGCAAAAACGUACAUUAUUAUUAGUAAGGCUUUCUGCCAAAUAAGCUCUUCAACCUUUUUUUUAAAACAACUUGACCUUUCAAAUAUAAAAAAUGUUGGUCAAAUUCUCCAAUUUGAAGUCAUAUAGAAUUUUUUUAUUACGGGUUGAUAUAACUGAAUAUAAAUUUGUAAAAUUGACUUGCAUCUUAUAUAUUUAGAAGAUAAAAUUGAAAAAUCACUUUAAAAGUUUCUUUUGCAGAUAACCGUUAUUAUAAAGCAAAGUAGCAAGCUACAAAGUCGUAGUCAUAUUAAUCAUGAAAAACUGUACUCGUAUAUACAUACCUUAAUUAGCUAGUUUAGCUUUUUAAGAAUAUAUAUUUUUUUUAAAGUUGAUUUAUUAUGUCAUUAUAAUUAUGUAAAAGAUUACACAAAACUAAUUCAGUCACAUAUGAGUAUCGAUGUGAACGUAUACUAUAUCAAUACAAAAUAUGCUAUAUGCUAAUUAAGAGCGAACAUUGGUUAGUUACAAUGAACGUAUACAAAAGAGCGAACAUUGGUUAGUAUACUAUAUCAAUACAAAAGAUGCAAUUUAUUAUGACAUUACAAUUAUUAACGUAUAUUAUAUCAAUACAAAAUAUGCUAAGAGCGAUCAUUGGUUAGUUAAACCACAUACACAAAACUAAUUCAGUCGCAUACGAGCAUCGAUGAGUGUACCUAAAACAAGCAAUAGACUAAUUGUGUAAUAUUGAUCAUAUUGUUAAAACUAGCUCUAUGUUUUCUGAUAACAUCAACACCAAUAAAAAAUACAAUAUAAAAUUUUAUUGAGGAGGCUCUCAAAUGAUAGGCAAUAAAUAACAUUAUCACACAUGUUCUCUUUACAAAAUAUAGAUUUAAAAUGUGUAUAAAUAGUUAAACACACACACUAAUCGGCCAUACCUCUUCCAACACUCAUAAUCACUUUGGCCGCCAGCUUUCUUCACAUACACUCAAAUCUAAAAACAUCUCUUUCUCGACACAAAAAAAAAAAAAAGUAUAUCAACACCUCUCUUAAUUUCUCAGUCGAUCAAUAUCAAGACAUAUAAUAAUAAUGGUGCCGUACCAAGAGCUCGCUCUUCAGAGAAGCUUCAGCUGCAACACAACAAGAAAGAUCAAUCCAGAGACCUCUCCAGCGCGUGGCUCUCAUUCCCGUUCUCCUUCCUCCUUUGCUUUGAUCCCAACCAUCCCUGAGCAUCAUGAACUCUUCCUCGUACCAAGCUGGAGACUCUCCUCCUCGUCUUCUUCUUCUUCCUCUAGCAGCAUCGUGAAAAUCAACUUGAAGCUUUCUUCCUUCUUACGUUGUCUCAUCAACCUCAUUAACCUCCCCGUUUGCAACUUCCUCUCGUUUCCUUCUUCCUCCAGCGUUUCUAACCAGAUGAUCUCUUUCCUCACCGGUGGCUCCUCUUCCCUCGGGAAAAGAGUCACAGGGACGUUGUACGGACACAGAAGAGGCCACGUCACGUUUUCAGUCCAGUACGGUCCGAGUUCCGACCCAGUGUUUCUCUUAGACCUAGCCAUGUCAACGGCAACUCUAGUCAGAGAGAUGUCGUCGGGGCUCGUCAGGAUCGCGUUGGAGUGCGAGAAACGUCACCGGUCGGGUACUAAGCUUUUCCACGAGCCUAAGUGGACCAUGUAUUGUAACGGGAGGAAGUGCGGUUACGCGGUGUCGCGUGGCAGCGCGUGUAAAGAGUCGGAUUGGCGCGUGUUGAACACGGUAUCUAGGGUUACGGUUGGAGCUGGAGUUAUUCCGACGGCGAAGAGUAUUGAUGACGCGUCAGGUGGUGGAAAGGAGCUUGGGGAGUUGUUGUAUAUGAGAGGUAGAUUUGAACGAGUCGUGGGGAGUCGUGACUCGGAGGCGUUUUACAUGAUGAACCCUGACAAAAACGGAGGUCCUGAACUCAGUAUUUUUCUUCUUAGAAUAUAAGUAAAACAAAUAUGUUUUUAACUUAUUACACGAUGUGAAAAUGUCCUUAGUGACGUUUUAAAACAUUAGUGAUGAAUGUAAUGUUGUUUCAUGAAGUAUAUGUAAUCGAUAGUGAGAAUGCCUAGGAGGGUGUGUUAGGUUUUUCUAAUUGUUUAUUUGAUGUGGUAUAUUUGUUCUUUUUUUUUUUGUAAACUGCUUUCAAGUAUAUUUGUUCUUCUUUUUUUUCUUUUUUCUUUUUUUACUUUCUACAGAAAUUUUAUGUAUAAUUGCUUUGGUUAAGUAUCAAGAAUAUCAGGAUGUCAUGAUUAGUAUGUGGUUGCCUAUCCCAUUCCUAAAGUGUAUCUUUGGAUAGGUUAAAGAAAUCAAAUGGUUCAAGGCUUUAUGACUUCUUGAUGUGUUUAAUAAUGGGAAGGUUGUAGCCUCUGUUUAUGACUUCUUGAUGACUUCUUGAUGUGUUUAGUGGUCACGAUGUUAGUCUUUUCUUUGGUUUUGGUGGUCUACUACUCUACCGGUUGAUCAAAACAAUCCAUUUUGGUUUCCAAAUUUUUACCUUUUAAUAUAAUAGAAUUUUAUGGUCUCUAAACUGACAAAAGAAUGUAAAUAUAUGCAUGGAUCAUCCAGUUUUUACACCGUGAUUGUUUCAUGUCAUAAAUUUCACAGUCGGUUGAUGUUUUGCUAUAGUAGGUUUUUGUUAAUAUUAAGUGGAGGACCUGGAGGUACGUAUAGAGUCCUUCUCUGUAGUUUGGGCAGGAGUAGGUGGUUUUGAGUUAAAAGGGUCUUGGCUCUCAUGCGGGUCGGGUCGUAUUGGUCCUGCGGGGACUCUCCUUUGGGUUACUUUAUUACAAAAUUCAGCAGUUGUCCAAAAAAGAUAAGUGUUUGCAUUGGUUGCUUAUAUGCAAGGCAUGAAGACCCGCACAUGGUCCGCCAUGAUUAAUGCCAAAAUCAGGAUUUUAAACUGAACCAGAUUCGUUUUUUACAACAAAACACGGCUAGACCGGUUUGAUCCGGUGGUCCAGUUUUCAAAACACUGGAUUAAAGGAAUAAUAUCACAACAUUCGGCUCGAUAUACAUUCUACUACAUAAACCAUACUAUACUAAUUGUUUUAAGAAAAAACAUUUAAUCUAACAUUUUACCAAAAAAACAUUUAUUCUAAAAUCAUUGUAUCAUAUAUGCCUAGUUGACCUUAUUAUAUAUCUUUAUAGGUUAGAAUAAAUCAAAACACAGUUCUGAAUUAUGCUCUCUAGUCAAUUAUCAUCGGUGUUAUGUACUUUGUAUAUUCGUAUUAUCGUAUAACACACAACACACUUCCACCUAAUGUACAGAAUUAUUUAUAAUAUUA